AUGUCUACAAUAGUUAAUAAGGUGAACGUUAAAGACGGCUCUAGAAUCUUCUAUCGAGAAGCAGGGUCUUCUGAAAAGCAAACAGUUUUGCUACUUCAUGGAUACCCAACUUCUUCUUAUAUGUUCAGAAACUUGAUGCCUUUGCUUUCGGGAAAAUUUCAUGUGGUUGCUCCAGAUUUGCCAGGGUUUGGGUUCACUGAACCUGCUGCUGGUUAUCACUAUACCUUUGAUAAUAUUGCUGCUUCUAUCCAAUCUUUUACUGAAGAAUUGCAUCUUAAGAAUUAUAUCAUCUACAUAUUUGACUAUGGUGCUCCAACAGGGUUGAGAUUGGCACUCAUGAAUCCAAAUAAAGUCAAAGGUUUUAUCGUUCAAAAUGGGAAUGCCUACAAGGAAGGUUUGAAUGAGAAAUUCUGGGGACCAAUUAAACAACUAUGGGAUACCGGACCCGACGCAUCCCCUGAGCUCACAAAUGCCAUCAAGCAGUUUAUUAAAAAUCCAAAGAAUGUUGAAGAUCAGUAUUAUAUCGGUAUGAAGGAUAAGAAUUCUGUUGAUCCAUUGCCGAUUGUUGCCGAUGUUGCCCUAAUUAGAAAACCGGGUCAAAUCCAGACUCAAUUUGAUUUGUUUUAUGAUUACCGAAAGAAUGUUGAGUUGUACCCUAAGUUCCAUGAGUUCUUCAGGAGCCAUAACCAUUUACCAAUGUUGAUUGUUUGGGGUAAUAAUGAUUACAUUUUCACAAGAGAAGGGGCAGAAGCUUACAAGAGAGAUUUCCAGGGCAUCAACGUGAAGUAUUAUGAAGCUGGGCAUUUUGCACUUGAGACCCACGCGACUGAGAUUGCUGAGGAUAUCUUGAACUGUUUUUGA